AUGCUUGCGAUGCGCCGUUCUAUCUUGAACAAGGUUGCCAACGCUUCGUCAUCCCGCUUGGUAGCCCGGCCCACCUCCUGUCCUCGGAGUGUUGCAUCGAUUUCGUCUGCAGCCAUCUCUUCAGAUACGAAGUAUGAGGCUGUCACCCUGCAGCCUAUCUUCGACAUUUUCGACGCCCCCGUGCGGCUCGGGGAGUCGAGCAAGGCGCUCGGUCGCACGGGUCAUAGUGCCCCCAAGCCUAUCGUCAACGCUAUCGACGAAGUCGACGGUGAAAAAUCACGAAAACUCAGCAUGUCCAUGCUGCCGACAUCUCUUCCCCCUCCCAUUACUUUCGACGGUCCUGCACGACCUCCCCAUCUCGUCGGCCUCGCAUUUGAGAAACGCCGCAAAACCCGCCUGCACCUCUCGCCCUCGCUCCGCCGUGAGGCACAUACGCCAUCGGUGCCUCGCAGCUCACUUUCUGAUGCUGUGUUCACCAUCUUUGACGGGCCAUCAAGGAUCACUCGAUACCAGUACCCUUCUUCAUCUCAGGGGUCAUCAUCACAGCCUUACUUGCUGUUUGGCUUGGUGCUCUCUGGUGUGGUUGGCUGGCUAGCCUACCAAGAACACAUGCAGACCCGUAGACCCACCUCCCGCUCCUUGUAG